GUCAUGGCAAAAAUCACAAAGAUGCUGCCUCGGUAAGGGCUACACACCCUAUACCUGCAGCCUGUGGCAUUUAUUACUUUGAAGUGAAGAUCGUCAGUAAAGGUAGAGAUGGGUACAUGGGAAUAGGACUUUCUGCUCAAGGGGUCAACAUGAACAGGCUUCCUGGAUGGGAUAAACAUUCUUAUGGGUACCAUGGUGAUGAUGGGCACUCCUUCUGUUCUUCGGGGACAGGACAACCCUAUGGCCCUACAUUCACCACUGGAGAUGUGAUCGGCUGCUGUGUUAACCUUAUCAACAAUACCUGCUUUUACACGAAAAAUGGCCACAGUUUAGGUAUAGCCUUUACAGACCUCCCUUCAAAUCUCUACCCUACAGUGGGUCUUCAGACUCCAGGAGAGAUAGUUGAUGCCAACUUCGGGCAGCAGCCAUUUGUGUUCGACAUUGAGGACUACAUGAGGGAGUGGCGAGCGAAGAUUCAGAGCACCAUUAAGCGGUUUCCCAUAGGAGACAGACUAGGCGAGUGGCAAGCCAUGCUGCAGAAUAUGGUUUCAUCAUAUUUGGUUCAUCAUGGGUACUGUUCAACAGCAACUGCCUUUGCCAGAGUCACAGACACCACAGUCCAGGAAGAACAGACCUCAAUAAAGAAUAGACAAAGAAUACAGAAGCUAGUACUAGCAGGCAGAGUGGGAGAGGCUAUAGAAGCCACCCAGCAACUCUAUCCUGGUCUCCUAGAACAUAACCCCAACCUGCUCUUCAUGCUAAAGUGUCGGCAGUUUGUGGAGAUGGUGAAUGGGACAGACAGUGAAGUACGUUGUUUCAGUGCCCGCAGCCCCAGAUCCCAGGACAGUUACCCUGGGUCCCCCAGCUUAAGUCCUAGGCAUGGAUCAAGCAACUCACACGUUCAUAGUACUG